AAGACAGCCUAAAGGAAGAAUUAGCUCGUUAGCCGAGGGUAUAUACUAAGCUAGUAGAUCCCAAGGCCAGGUGGGCCGAAGGUUAUUACUGUAUCAUUCUUAAAGGCCGCCCACAUCUAAUAGAUACUGUGACAGCAGAUUCAGACGGACAGAGGGAUGAUCGAUAACAGAACGCCCUUUAGCUUUGGUGCGCAGGUAGAUCAAUAGAAACACAGAUAGAUAACUGAAUGAGAGGUGAUAACUAGCGGGAUACUCCUGGGCUGCAACGGAUAAGGAGGUUUAUCAAACAAGCUAAACUACAAAGAGGCAAAAAUAAUUUCUGCCCUCAAGGAAUUUAUAAUCUACUGGAGGAGAGAUGCAAACAAAUACAGAGCAAGCUGUAUACGGACAAAGUAAUUAACGGAAUGAAGGCGCUAAAAUUAAGAGGAGUUAGAGAAGGCUGCUCGCCGAAGGUGGGAUUCUAGUUCGGACUUAAAAGACUGGGAGGAUGGAGCGCUCGGAUUUGAAGGCGGCGGGCGUUCGAAUAUCAACGGCUUCAGUUGAGUCUGGAAGCCUCGGUAGUUGGUUGCGGCGCUGCAGCUGAUCUGUUUCUCCUCAGAACCUAGGAUUUGUUGCUGUUUUGUUUUUUUUUUUUGUUUUUAAUAAUGGAAGGACCAAAUGCAUUCAAGACACCUAGCAAAUUAUCUGACAAGAAGAAAUCUUUGUCAUGCUUGACUCCAUCAUCUGUAGCUAUUCCAGCCUCUCCAUUUAUGCAAAAGCUUGGCUAUGGCACUGGGGUAAAUGUUUAUCUUAUGAAAAGGUCUCCCAAAGGUUUAUCUCAUUCUCCUUGGGCAGUGAAAAAGAUUAAUUCUAAAUGUAAUGAUCAUUUUCAAAGUAUAUAUCAAAAGAGACUAACUGAUGAAGCUAAGAUUUUGAAAAACCUUCAGCAUCCAAACAUUGUAGGUUAUCGUGCAUAUGCUCAAGCCCAAGAUGGCAGUAUGUGUCUUGCUAUGGAGUAUGGAGGAGAAAAGUCUCUCAAUGACUUAAUAGAAGAAAGAAAUACCAAUUGCCAUUCUCCUUUCCCAGCUGCUAUAAUUCUGAAAGUUGCAUUACACAUGGCUAGGGGAUUAAAGUAUCUACAUCAGGAAAAGAAGCUCCUCCAUGGAGAUAUAAAGUCUUCAAAUGUUGUAAUUAAAGGUGACUUUGAGGCAAUUAAAAUCUGUGAUGUAGGAGUCUCACUGCCACUAGAUGAAAAUAUGACUGUGAGUGAUCCUGAGGCACAUUACAUUGGUACAGAACCCUGGAAACCAAAGGAAGCUCUAGAAGAGGGUGGUAUUAUUACUGAUAAAGCUGACAUAUUUGCCUUUGGAUUAACUCUUUGGGAGAUGAUGACCCUAACCAUUCCACACAUUAAUCUUCCAGAGGAUGGUGAUGAAGACAAAACUUUUGAUGAGAGCUUGUUUGAUGAUGAAGCAUACUAUGAAGCAUUGGGAACAAGACCAGCCAUUAAUAUGGAAGAAUUGGAUGAAUCAUAUCAAAAAGUGAUUGAACUGUUUUCUGUUUGUACUAAUGAGAAUCCUAAAGAUCGUCCCUCAGCUGCACACAUUGUUGAAGCUUUGGAAAUGAAUAUGCAGUGAUUAUGUAGGGUUCACUUUCUUGUUGUUGUUGUUGUUGUUGUUGUUG